AUGGCCAACCCCGUACCCGAACCCCCCGGCCGUCUCAUUUCCCACUUCACAGACCGGUCCCGGGCUGAACAAAGUGGUGGGUGGGACUCGCUUUGGGAGUCUGAUGAAGCCGAUCUCUGGGACCGGCGGAUGCCGUCUCCUGCACUCAUCGACUUCAUUGAAUCCAAGCAGGACCUCCUUCAGGCUCCUUCGGGAAGACGACUUUGUGCCCUUGUACCUGGCUGUGGGAAAGGGUACGAUGUGGCCAUGCUAGCCUUGCACGGCUUCGACGUAUACGGACUCGAAGUCUCUGCAAAAGGUGCACAGAUAGCCAGGGACUAUGCUACCAGGGAACUGGUCGAACCGCAGGAUUACAACUUUGGGAGCAACGGCCAGCCGAGUGGUCAGCCUGGCCGGGUGAGAAUCAUCGCUGGGGACUUCUUUGUCCGCGACUGGGAACAGACUCUCGCCCAGGACGGGGUUGAGGGCUUUGACCUCAUUUACGACUACACGUUCCUCUGUGCACUGUUGCCGGAAAUGCGAAGAGACUGGGGUCGCCGUAUGAGAGAGCUCGUUGCCCCAACCGGUAUACUGGUGUGUCUCGAGUUUCCCAUGUAUAAAGACCUCAAAGCUGUAGGUCCCCCUUGGGGCCUGAAUGGCGUUCAUUGGAACAUUCUGGCGGAGGGUAAAGAUGGAGUUAUUGAGGAGUCUGGAGAGGAGACUGGGACACAGAAUGGCCCAUUCAAGCGGAUUCUGUAUUUCAAACCGCCUAGAACUUAUGAGGUCGGCAGAGGCACUGACAUGGUCAGUGUUUGGAGGCCUCAGUAG